AUGCAUUGCCAAACAUUCUUGUUGCCGGCUCUGGCAUCUCUUGCUUUUGCUGCGCCAGCCUACCCCACGUUGAACCUUCAGGCCGCGCUGCCGGGCUCUAUUGAGCACAUGUCUGAGUACUUUAACAUGCUCGCAACCAAGGUCCAGGCCACCCGGUAUCUUUCUGCCGCACCGGUCUGCGAUUUAUCUGUCGCUAAUCUGCCCGAAUCCGCCAUCGAGUCUCUUGGGGGACCCGGAAAGGGCAUGUCCCUGGCACACAUCGCCAUCGGCCGCGGUACACAAAACUACACCUGCGACACCAGCAACGCAACAGCGGUGCCCGUCGCUACCGGUGCCAUCGCCACGCUCUUCAACGCUAGCUGCGUCGGCUCCUUGUACCCAGACCUGCUCGACAAGCUGCCUAUAGUUGCCAUGGACUUCAACCUCACUGAGCAGGAGGUGGUGAACCACCGCCUCGGCCCAAGCAACCUCGCCAUCUCGGGUCAUCACCUCUUCACAGACGCUGGGGUGCCGCUCUUCAUCCUCGAAACAGAUGGAUCGCCUAUAGGUGAUUCAUACUGCUCCAAGAAUGCGUCCAUGCCGGCACCUCUCACAGCGCAAACGGGCCAGCACGGCGAGGCGGCUGUUGCGUGGCUUAGGCUGAAGACCGUAAAACCCAGUACCGGAAAUAUCCAAGAGGUCUACAGGAUACACACCGUCGGCGGCAGCGCUCCGGUCUCAUGCAAGGACCAGCCUGCAGCUUUCGAGAUACAAUAUGCUACACAAUACUGGUUCUACUCUGGCACCUCUCAAGAGAUCGUCAAAUCUUCAACACCUUGA